AGAAGACGUGCCCGCUGCUGCUUCGCGUCUUCACCACCAACAACGGGCGGCACCACCGCAUGGACGAGUUCUCCCGCGGCAACGUGCCCUCCAGCGAGCUGCAGAUCUACACCUGGAUGGAUGCAACUCUGAAAGAGCUGACCAGCUUAGUGAAAGAAGUUUACCCGGAAGCACGGAAGAAGGGCACACACUUCAAUUUUGCAAUUGUUUUUACAGAUCUGAAGAGGCCUGGGUAUAGGGUGAAGGAGAUUGGGAGUACGAUGUCGGGCAGGAAGGGCACAGAUGAUUCCAUGACAUUGCAGUCUCAGAAAUUCCAGAUAGGAGACUACUUGGAUAUAGCAAUUACUCCUCCGAAUCGCGCACCGCCCCCAUCAAGCCGCAUGAGACCAUACUAAACUAUUGCUUCUUUGUAUGAUUACAUCUUCUGUUUAUUCCUACUUGCUGUUCUAAAGCAGGCUUAUUUUUUUUGCUUUUGUUGCUAAGCAAGAACACAUGAAGACAAAGCUAAGCAUCAGAAAUGAAAGUUAGCUUUUAAACCUUAAGUUUUAGUUUGUUUAGAAGAAACACUUCUCUUUAGCAGUGCCAUCAUCCUAUCCCUGAUUGUUAUAGUUUGAACAGUAAGUCAGUGUGUCCAGUGUUUCAAGAUUUCCAUAAAAGACGACCAGAAGGGUUACAGGUGUUCUGUAGUUCUCUCUUGGUGGAAUAAAGAUUGAUGUUCUUAAUCUUU